AUGUCUGCGCUGACACCUUUUGGUCUGUCGCCUCGGAGGCUGCCUGCUGGGGGCUGCCGAGCAAGGGCUGCUGGAGACAGUGGAGUCCGUCAUGCUGGUGGUGGGGUGCAUAUUCCGCCCAAGUACAGGGAAUUUCUCCAGCUUACCCGGAAACAGGUGAUCCAGGGGGAGUUCUUCAGCUCACUCAUGUGGUUCUGGAUUCUCUGGCGCUUUUGGCGCGACUCAGACGCUGUGCUGGGCCACUUUUCAUAUCCAGAUCCUUCACAGUGGACAGAUGAAGAACUGGGGGUCCCUCCUGAUGAUGAGGCCUGA